GGUGGGGUUGACUUUCACAAAUAUCAAGUUUUGAAAAUUGGCGCCCAAUAUAUGCACACGUUUGCCAACACUAAAUAUGAAACGGUUAUGCACAAGAAGUGGUGGUGGCUGGCGAUAACACAGCAGUCGAUUAGUUAGACACAUGUCAUCGUUAACUUAGUUUGGGCGUUGUUUUCUUCGUAAAAGUGUAAUUGUUUGUUAUUUAUUACUAUUCUAUUAAAACAUUUCGUUAAGUUAUUAAUAAGCAAUGCAAGCACAAGCCUCGCUUACUGUGUUGCUGCUAACAGCAGCAUUUAUACAUGAAGGUGCCGCCAUUUGGUGUUAUCGCUGCACCUCUGCAACGCCCGGCUGUGCCGACAAUUUCAACUGGCGCGGCAUCGGUUUUCUGGGCGAGCAGUGUCCGGAGAGCAACGACAUCUGCGUUAAGGUGACGGAGCGUCGCGGAGCUAAGGAAACAAUAACUAGAGAUUGUCUUAGCGCUCUCAACUUUCGCACCGACAUUCCCGCUGAUAAGUACGAGGGCUGUCGCCCGGCCGCCAAGGAUGUGCGCCUGGCCCACUACGUCAAUCACACGAUUAAGGAGCACGACGUGAAGCGCGACUUCUUCACGGACACAACGUUCUGCUUCUGCUUCCUCGACCAUCGCUGCAAUGGCGCUGGCAGCUUGCAGACUUCAGCAAUGGCAGGCGCAGCUGCUCUCCUGAUGCUGCUCGUCGGCACAUUCCACUUCCACUGAAUAGUACUAAACAAAGUACCU